GUUAACCAAUAAUAAUUUUGUCAGAAGGUGACAGGUGAGUGAAAAGUCAGCGGGUAAUUAAAAAGAAGAUAUGCAGCUUACUGUGAUUUCUGUACUCUGAAAAAUAUAUCUUGGACUUAGAAAAUGUACCUUAUGGUUAAAUUAAUGAAUUUAUUGAAUACUUGUAAUACUUAUAACGUUCCUAACCAAGACAUUGAAAUUUGAAGUAACUGCAAGUAACAUCUGCUGAAUUACAGUCGUGAUUGGGAAUUAAGAAUGACUGUUACACCUAAAGUGGACGAUUUAGUGCAGUCUGUCACUCUUUAUACUUGCAGAAAAACAUUUUUUCAUGGAUAUAUCUUUCCAUUUAUUUUUAUUUACAUACUUUGGUUAUAUUGGUGGUGUGUAUUAUUAAAUUUUUGGGAGAAUCAAGAAGAUGCUUUUGUAAGUCUAGCGAUCAUUGCAUGUCUACAAAUUCUCUGCUGUCUUGGUUGCCACUGGUCUGUUCACAUACGCAGUUUAUUAACUUGCAAAAAGGAACAGAAUCCUUUAAAAGCAACUGUAGUUAAAGUAAUACCAACUCCUAACAAUGGAUCUUCUGAGUUAGUAUAUUUACAUAAUAAUAAAAAUGGUGAUACAGUUGAUCAUAUAUGGUUUAUAUUCCAAAAAACCAAAUAUAUUUGGUGCACUAACCGAAAGACAUUUAAAGGACUUGAAUUUCCAAUUAAUAAAUCGUUUAAUGAAUAUGUAAACUGGAAAGGUUAUCAAGAAAAUGUUGAUAUACAGCAGGUUGAGCAAUUAUAUGGGACAAACCAUUUGGAUAUGGUCAUACCAGAAUUUGUAGAAUUGUUCAAAGAAAGAGCCUUAGCUCCUUUUUUUGUAUUUCAAGUUUUUUGUGUAGCACUAUGGUGUUUAGAUAAAUACUGGUACUAUUCAAUUUUUACCCUGGUUAUGUUAGUCUUGUUUGAGUGCACAUUAGUUCAGCAACAGCUUAGAAAUAUGUCUGAAAUUCUUAAAAUGGGAAACAAACCAUAUAACAUAUAUGUAUAUAGGAAUAGAAGAUGGCGAAUGUUACCUACUGAUCAACUUAUUCCUGGAGAUAUUGUUUCAAUUACAAGAUCUCAAAAUGAUAACCUUGUUCCUUGUGAUAUUUUAUUACUCAGAGGUUCUUGUAUCGUUGAUGAAAGCUUAUUAACAGGCGAGUCAGUACCUCAAAUGAAAGAACCAGUUGAAAAUUUUGAUUCAAAAACAAUAUUAGACCCAGAAGCUGAUGGAAAGCUUCAUGUUCUUUUUGGUGGGACAAAAGUUGUCCAACAAACUGCUCCUACCAAAGCCAUUUCAGGCUUACGUGCUCAAGAUAAUGGUUGUGUUGGUUACGUUUUGAGAACUGGUUUUAAUACUUCACAAGGAAAAUUGUUAAGAACUAUUUUAUUUGGAGUCAAGAGAGUUACUGCAAAUAACCUAGAAACGUUCGGAUUUAUUUCGUUCCUACUAAUUUUUGCAGUAGCAGCUGCCGUCUAUGUCUGGAUUAAGGGUAGUGAAGAUCCUGAAAGAAACAGAUAUAAAUUAUUUCUAGAGUGCACGUUAAUUAUAACGUCUGUUAUUCCACCUGAACUACCUAUUGAAUUAUCAUUAGCAGUUAACACUUCGUUGUUAUCUUUAUCAAAGCUGGGAGUGUUUUGUACGGAACCUUUUCGAAUUCCUUUUGCGGGAAAAGUUGAAAUAUGUUGCUUCGAUAAAACAGGAACGCUUACCAGUGAUAGCUUAAUUGUUGAGGGUGUUGCUUUAGCAAAAGAGAAUUCUAAAAUUACACCAAUUUCCGAUAUUCCUUUGGAAUCGACAUUUAUUCUAGCAACUUGCCAUUCUCUGGCACAUGUGGAUGAUGGAUUGGUUGGUGAUCCACUAGAAAAAGCAACAUUAACUGCUGUUGACUGGAAUCUCACAAAAGCAGAUGCAGUUAUUCCUAAAAAAGGGAAAUCUCCUGGAUUAAAAAUUUUUCACAGAUUCCAUUUUUCUUCUGCUUUAAAAAGAAUGUCGGUUAUUGCGGGUUUCAAUCAAGUUGGAUCGACUGAAACAAUUUAUAUUGCAACAGCUAAAGGUGCACCUGAAACUAUAAAAACCAUGUUGGUGGAUAUUCCAGAUAUUUACGAUAAAGUUUAUUUAGAACUGAGUAGAAGGGGUGCAAGGGUCCUUGCCCUAGGGUGGAAAAAAUUAGGUAAAAUCAGUCCUCAAGAAGUUAGAAAUUUAGCUAGAGAUGACAUCGAAAAGGAUCUCUUAUUUGGAGGAUUUGUAAUAAUUUCUUGUCCUCUGAAGGCUGACUCCAAGAGUGUGAUAAAGGAAUUACUAAACGCAUCUCAUAGAGUUAGUAUGAUAACCGGAGAUAAUCCAUUAACCGCUUGUCAUGUUGCAAAAGAACUAAAGUUCUGUUCAAAACCAAUACUCUUGUUUUCAGAAGAAAAUAAGAAAUGGACCUCGAUUGAUGAAACUAGAUCGUUUCCUUUAUCAACUGAUUUGAAAGUGUUAGUUAAAAAUUAUAGCCUUUGCAUCACUGGUGAUUCUUUAAUAUAUUUUCAAGAAAAUAAUAGUGAACUUCUCUUGAAAAUGAUGCCCCACAUAACUGUAUUUGCUCGUUUUGCUCCUAAACAAAAAGAGCAAGUAAUCCUUACACUUAAAUCGUUAGGGUAUGUAACUCUUAUGUGUGGUGAUGGUACUAAUGACGUUGGAGCUCUUAAACAUGCUGAUGUAGGUGUUGCAAUUCUUGCCAAUGCACCUGAAAGACUACCAGAACGAAAAGACGUUAAAGAGAGAUUAGAACGAGAAAAAGAAAAAGAAAGACGAUUAAGAGAAAUGCCUGCACCUCGUAAUAGAUCCAACCAUUCCAUAAAAAAUAUGGAAAACAGUUUAAGUACUGUUCAGUCGAAUUUACAAAAGAUAAUGAAAGAAAUUGAAGAACAAGAGCAGGUACAGGUAGUUAAAUUAGGCGAUGCAAGUAUAGCAUCACCUUUCACUAGCAAAUUAUCAACAAUUACAUGUGUGUGUCAUAUUAUAAAACAAGGAAGAUGCACUUUGGUAACAACUUUGCAAAUGUUCAAGAUUUUAGCUUUAAAUGCUCUAAUUUUGGCUUAUACUCAAUCUGUACUGUAUUUAGAUGGAAUUAAACUUAGAGAUGUACAGGCAACUCUUCAAGGUAUUCUUUUGGCAGCAUGCUUUCUCUUUAUUUCCAGAUCAAAGCCAUUAAAAACAUUGUCCAAGCAGAGACCUCUUCCGAAUAUUUUCAGUUUGUAUACUAUAUUGACCGUAAUUUUGCAAUUUUCCGUUCACUUUACUUGUCUAAUUUAUUUAGUUCAUCAAGCAAAAUUACGUAUUCCUGAAAGUGAUGCUACUAAUACAACAAAAAUAAAAUUAUCUUUAGAAGAAGACGAAGAAGAACAUUUUGAACCCAAUAUCGUUAACAGUACUGUUUACAUUAUCUCUAUGGCAUUACAGAUUGCAACAUUUGCUAUUAAUUAUAGAGGAUAUCCGUAUAUGGAAAGUUUACGUGAAAACACCGCAUUGGUUUACAGUAUUAUUGGAUCUUCUGGUGUAGUAUUGGCACUCACACUUGGAGCUUUUCCAGAGUUAGCUGUUCAGUUUGAGUUAAUUGAUUUUCCGCACGAUUUCAGGAUAGUGUUGCUUCAAGUCCUGUUUGCUGAUUUUUUCUUCUCCUUCCUCGUCGAUAGAAUAUGUUUAAGGCUGUGUGGUGAGGGAGAAUUAAAAGAAGAAUUGGUUGCAAAUUAGCAUUCACUUAACUACUAUAAAUGGAAUUUUUGUAACAUGUACAAAGAUGUAGAUGAAAGAACAAGUUAUUUAUUGUGUAAUUCCUCGGUCUUUUUUUACAAUUAUUAUUCAUUUAAAUUGUAAAUUAAACAAUAUUUUAUGGUCCAUAGAACAGAGUGAGGUUGUUCUGCAAAGACUAGUGUAUAUUAUACAUUUUUUUUUAUUAUUAAUGGCAUUGGGUGAAAUAAAAAAAUAAUGUAUGAUGAUGAAAAACAUAUUGCAGAGUUUGACUUUCUUAAUAUUGCCCUGUUUUACUAUUUAAUUGAUAUCUCAUUUGAAACUAUAUAUUUAAUUGAUUCA